CUCUCAAAAUGCAGAGCACAGCGCUUGCUCUGUUUCCUUCGACGCCAUUCACAAAACCUGGAAGCAGAGACCUCCGCCCUCCGUCCUCUUCUUCGACCCGCGACUCGUCGCCGCUGAGAUCGCUCGAGCGCGGGGCUCAUAACUCCGCCCUCGUCCUGCCUCUGAGAACGACGUCGCGGUUCUGUUCAGCCUCGCGACCCAAUGCGCUAGCCCCGGUUGCUUCUUCUCCUUCGCCUUCGCUUCUUUUCCCGAGACGGAAGGAAGAUGACACCAAGACCAGGGCUGCUUCGGUGCCCGGAAUCUCGGAGGACGACUCUGCGGAGCUGAGCGGCGCCGCGAGGACGCUGCGGCUCGGUGUUAUGUUCGGGGUUUGGUACAUUUUGAACAUCUACUUCAACAUUUACAACAAGCAGGUUCUGAAGGUGUACCCUUUCCCAGCAACAGUCACAGCAUUUCAGUUUGGGUGUGGGACUGUGAUCAUUCUCCUGAUGUGGGCAUCUAGACUCCAUCCAUUCCCUAAGCUCACUCGAUCUCAGCUUGCAGCAAUUCUACCACUGGCUGUGGCUCACACAAUGGGGAACCUCCUGACCAACAUAAGUCUUGGGAGAGUGGCUGUUUCUUUCACUCAUACCAUCAAAGCUAUGGAGCCUUUCUUCACAGUUGUUCUGGCUUCUCUGUUCCUUGGGGAGAGGCCAUCAUUCUGGGUUGUUUCCUCCCUUGUGCCGAUUGUAGGUGGAGUGGCACUCGCAUCUCUCACCGAGGCUUCAUUUAACUGGAUUGGUUUUGGCAGCGCAAUGGCUUCCAAUUUGACGAACCAAUCACGUAACGUAUUUAGCAAGAAGUUCAUGGUUAACAAUGAGGAAGCACUGGACAAUAUCAACCUCUUCUCGGUAAUGACGAUAAUGUCUUUCAUGUUCCUGGCUCCCGCAGCUAUUUUCAUGGAGGGUUUUAAGUUUACUCCAUCAUACCUGCGGUCUGCAGCGAGUCAAGGUCUGAACAUUAAAGAGCUGUGUGUGAGAUCUCUUUUGGCUGGAUUCUGCUUCCACAGCUAUCAGCAGGUUUCUUAUGGGAUACUGCAGAUGAUAUCACCGGUCACUCACUCCGUCGGAAACUGUGUGAAGCGCGUGGUGGUCAUAGUCUCUUCGGUCAUCUUCUUCCAAACACCGAUUUCGCCUGUCAACUCCCUUGGAACCGCGUUGGCUCUCACCGGAGUCUUCCUAUACUCAAAUGCCAAGAGGAUGAAGCCAAAAUUGAAGGUCUCAUGAGGCGUGAUGUACCAUGUCGAGGAAAAAUAAGAAGUUCAGUGAAUUUGACAACAAAUGAUAAUCCUAAAUGGGAAAACCAUUAAGUAAUUCAUAACAAAUUCACAUAAGAAGUGAGAAUGGUCUCAUCCUUUAUUGCCCCUCUCCCAACCACAGUCAGAUGCACAUUAUCUUUAAGAUUUCAGUCUCUAAUCCUUUGAAUUCAACGACCAAUCACAUUAGGU